UCGUGCUUCCUGCCGUUGCCUAGGGAGGGACGGUGCUGACGGCUGGGAGGACGAGAGGAGAGACAAGAAAGCUUCUUCUGGGAAGAUAAGAGAGAGAGGGAAACGGCCCGGCUUUCCACCGUCCGUCCGUCGGGAAAUUAAACACCCCAAUUGUUCUUGUAGCUGCUGGAUUUGUCACCCUAUCGGCGCUGAAAACAUGUCGUACAGUCGUCAGCUUAGCGAGUGCAGGGCCAUCCCGACCAGGACGGUGUUGAUCAACGACACAACGCAGCUACCUCAUGACUACUGUACCACUCCUGGAGGCACUUUAUUCUCCACCACUCCUGGAGGAACCCGGAUCAUCUAUGACCGUAAGUUCCUACUGGACAGGCGUAAUUCUCCCAUCGCCCAGACUCCCCCAGCUCACCUGCCUGUCAUCCCCGGAGUGACCAGCCAAAAUGUCCUGAGAGAGAACAAGAAGAACGAAGCCAACAACAUCAUCAACAACCACGAUGGCAACAAGCCCACAACCGGUGAUGAUGCCCAGUUUGAAAUGGACAUCUAACAGACUGGAACCACACCAGCAAAAGCAAAUGACCUGGCAUCAGCCGUGCCAGUGGCUUGGCUUGUAGAAACCAAUGUUGUGAGCCCUCAUGGCAGCCAUCUUCUUUAGCUCUCUGUCUCGCUGCUGGAUGUAAUGUGUGUAAAACCAUAGGGAUUCAGUGUACCAUACAUACAGUACAUACAGGUACAGCGUGGCCAACUCUGGAAAUUAUGUUUAUUUGGAUAGAUUUCCAUAGUUACCAGUCGCUGUAUAAAACCACACCACGAGGGUGCGGACCUGAAUAUUAUGUACCCAGACACAUUGUCCAAUUAGCAGAUUGCCGUGCUCAUCUUCCAGCUUUUCUGUGAGUCAGGAUGUUUAGCAGAGCACACAGAAAAACUGACAAUAUUCCAAGUUAAUUGGGGGAGGAAGUGGUAUUUUUAGUACUGGCCUUAGAAUCUGUCAAAAGCUUUGAUAUUCAUCACAGUCUUUGGUUUUUAAAACCCCUGUAAGCAUGUUAUUUAAGGGAUUUUUGGAACUACUUGAAAAGCUCCACAAUCUAUUAUCGGUUGUUUGGUCCGUUUAGUUUCCUGUGAUGGUAUGCAAAGGAAUGCUAUGUUGUUUUUAUUUUGCAAUUAGGGGAAGAUUUCAUUCCAAGACUUAAGUUUCCAUUACCAACACAAGCCUGUGUGAGUUUCCAAUUUUCAGGGGAAAACUUGUUUUGUUUUUUUAAAACUGAAUUUUAGGCCAUGAUUUCUUUGCUUUGUAACCAUCAAGUGAUUGUACUUCCCACGAUCAUGUAAAGCUAAUUAUAAACCCAUCAAUUGAAAACGAGCUUUUCGUUUUUUUUAGAAUUUAAUUUCAGUACAGUAUAACAAUAUCAAGCUGCUCGAUUCAUCACUAUCGUGACCUUGCUGUAAGUUUUAUUUACACAUUUCUCUCAUGCCGAGAAAAGUCAUUACAUUUUUCUCCAGAUUUGAUGAAAACUGGUUUGUUUUGUUGGCAAGAGCUUUGCCUUUAGAAUUUAAAUUAGAUUUUUUUAAGAAAGGAGGUAAUGUUCUGCAACAUCUGUUAUGUGUUUUUCAAUAUCCAGUCCAGAUAAACAUUUGGAUUAAUGUGAAAAUGGUUAAUAUCCCAAUGGUCAUUUUUGGGUGAAAUACAUGAUUUUUUGAAAAACUUGACAUAAUCCAGAUGUUUUAUAUGCAUUUUAUUUUUUAAUACAGGUUCUUAGUAUUGAGGGUUUGGGUAUAAGCACUGUCAAGCCUUUUGGAUUUGUUACAAGUGUCAAGGAACCAGGAGACAUUGUUUGCAACAGGCUUGAUAGAUGCUGUCCCUUAAUCUACAAAUCUGUCCCCAGUGUCCUUAAUCCAUCAUACAUUACCUUAUUCUUUUCACGUGUCAUGUCUGUCCAUGCCUUACUUUACAUCAAAUGCAGUAAUUAAAACUAGGUUCCUAGUCAUCAAUUUGUACUUUCCAACAGAUGUUUAUUUUUUCACUGUAACAUUGAACAGGUAACAUUGAACAGGUAACAUUGAACUUGGCAACUGAGCAAAUUUGAAUUUCUUUAGUUUAUUUUCUUCCUCAAGCAGCUGUGAAGUUUGAAAGUGUGAUGGCACACAUUUAAUUUUGGGAUCCUGAAGUUGAGAUGGCGUUGUGGUUAAAAGAAUGCCACAUGCUCAUUUAGUCCCAAUAAUUAGUUUGUUUUUUACAUCACAAUCAUAGUCCUGUCUGCUAAUUGUAGCUCUUAACUUGGCAAAUAAGAAGUUCCCAUUAUUUUAUUCAAAGUUCCUUCACACCACAAGUUAGUUUCUCUGUAUGACUGGAACCAAUGAAUGGCUGAAAUGAUGUAUAUCAAAGAUUUUCUGUUUUUCUUUUUGGCUUUGUCAUUCUGGCCAUGUUUGGGUGACGAACACAUCGAGGGGUUUGCUUGAACCCGAUUUGCAUUGCACAUUUUCGGCGGUAAAACUUUCUAUUGCAGAUUUAUUUCAAAUCAGUUUGGUUUGACAAUGAGGGCUUAACAUUGUGUGUUGAAAGAGAUUUGAAACAAACAUACUGUAACUUUCUGUUCUGAUUUUAAACAACUUUAUUUUAAAUGAAAUUCCAAUGCCAGUGGACACUGUUGCUGCAAGAUCAAUAAAGUUCCGUAACAAAGAAAA